AAAGAACACAGACUCUUCCCUCCUCUUGUCAUAUCAAUGUUCAACUUCAAGUUUCCCACUUGACCCAUUGGUCAAUCUCUCUUUCUCUCUCUUCACAUAUGAAGUUACUCUUUUAUACGCUGUGUAACACUCAGUCUCUCUCUUAUGUUGUACUCAUCUGCUCAGUCUCUAUCUCUUUAAAUGACCUCCUAUAAUGAUCUUGAGUCUUGAAGCUACUCACUCCUGAUUCUUGACAUGUGCAUUUUUGUGUAUUGUCUCUCCACCAUCUCCCAAAGUAGAAAAAUCUAUAAAAUAAUACAUAGAACAAAAAAAAGAAUCCCACUUUUUAGAUCUCUUUCCAAUUAUAUAUCCUCUUCUCUUCUAUAACCAGAAACAAUCUUUCACUUCUCUUAAUAUAGCAAAAAAAAAUAAAAAAAUCACUUUUCUCUCUCUUUAUUUCAGAUUAUUCUCUAUUUGCCUCACCAUUUUUGCCUACAUGUGUUUGUUGGAGUGGAUAUAAAUCUAUCCCUUUUCUUGUAUCAAUUUCACUAUGACAAUCAGCUAAGUCCUUCUUUGUCCCUUUCUCUCUGUUUGUUUUGUUUAAUAAUGAUCUAAACAACCCUAAUCUCUUUGAUCCAUAUAAGAUAAUCAAAACCCUAGAUCAGAUUCUUCUACUUCCCAAACUCACAAACAAGAUAAGCUAUGGAGUUGAUCUCACACCAAAACCCUAAUACCUCCACAGUACAAUUAACACCACCUUCCUCAAGCCGGUACGAGAACCAGAAACGCCGUGACUGGAACACCUUCUGCCAAUACCUCCGCAACCACCGUCCUCCCCUCUCUCUCCCCUCGUGCAGCGGCGCACACGUGCUCGAGUUCCUCCGCUACCUUGACCAGUUCGGGAAAACAAAGAUUCACCACCAAAACUGCCCCUUCUUCGGCCUCCCAAACCCUCCAGCGCCUUGCCCUUGCCCUCUCAGACAAGCCUGGGGCUCACUUGACGCCCUCAUAGGCCGCCUUCGUGCGGCCUACGAGGAGAACGGUGGCCCUCCCGAGGCUAACCCCUUUGGCUCACGCGCCGUCAGGUUGUACCUCCGUGAAGUCAGAGACUUCCAGUCCAAAGCUCGUGGUGUUAGCUAUGAUAAGAAGAGGAAGAGAGUCAACAGGCAGAAAACGCUAAUGCAAACGCAAACGCAGCCGCCUCUACAACAGCAGACACAACAUGGUCAGUCUAUGAUGGCUAAUUACUCGGGUGCAACAGUAUGAUCAUAUUAUUAUAUAUAUUAAUAUAUAUAAAUUCAUAAGUUUAAUAUGUAUUGUUUCUUAUUUACCUAUCUAUGUAUUACUUAUUAUCCUAAGAUGCUGUUGUUGCUAAUAUGAUGGCUAAUAUGUACUUUUUUUUAUGAAUAAGAAAUUAUGAUUAUAUUCGCUAAAGUGUUUGAUGAGUUUUAUUUUGAUUUUUAUUUAAAUUCCCAACUCUCAGCUUGAGGACUAUUCGAUGUUGAUUUCUGAUACAGUUAGGGUUCAUGUGUAUUAUACUAUUAUACUGUUAUGUUGUAUGAUGAUCUCUUGAGGCACCUUUCUUUAUGUAUAACUCUGGACUUUAAGAUGAUGAUAUUAAUAAUUUCUUUCCAUGCGAUGAUGAGAUGCUCCCG